AGAAGUAGAAAUAUUACAUUUGGAAAGAAAAAUAGCCAGCGGAGUAUUACCAAGCGAACGGGAGGAAUUAAUGAAAGAAAUCCAGAAACUUAACGCUUAUAAUAUUACUUUGGAACAAGGCUUCAAAAAAAGAAAAAUCGACGCGGAAGUAGUAACAGAAAUACGAAAAAGAUUAG